AUGGUCCUAGCUGAGGGUGAUAGCCGUGAUGAGGACACUGCCUUUCAGACCAUCUCCAUUGCGGAAGCACUUUUUGCGCAUCCAGAAGGACCAGAAGAUCAAAUGCCUCCCAUGGAGAUGAUCGAUGAGCUCCCAGACGCUGCUGAGGACUUAGAACCAAGGGUUCCUGAGAAUUCCAGCCAGUUUUCUCCAGCCGUGAUUUUAAUGACGGAAGAAUGUGCCGGAGAAGCCGUGAUUGACACAGGUGCCAGUAGGCUCAAGCUGAGCUGCCAUCUACACCACCUUCGUGUGAUCCGAGUAGACAAAGCCAUGGGCACGCCGAAGGAGAUUCAGAACUCCUACCUGGUGCAGGAUCUGUCCGGAGACGAGGACCCGGGCCUUCAGUCCAAUCAGACGUACAUGGACGCCCCAGGUCUUCAAUAUCAAGUUCCCCCAGGGAUCAAGAACUUACAGCAGUGGGGCGAGAUCAAGGUUCCCUCGGGCAAGCAGCAGGGUCAGACCUUUUCGGAGGUGUACGACAAUCACCCCUGCUACAUCUUCCAGAUCCGCAACCGCAAAGCGGUAUCACCAUGGUUGAGGAGCCUGCAGAACUACGUGAUUGCCCGCCAGAAGUACCAGAUGAAACAUCCGGGGCAAACUCCACCGACACAGGUGGGAUACCCGAGCACGUCCCAGACAUCGACACCGAAGAGAUCCAUGGGAGCCAAAGGGAAAGAGGAACAAGAGUGGGAAGUGAUCGCCAAGACAGCAGCCCAGUCAUCGAAUGCCAAGAAGCCCCAGUCCGCCAAGAGAUCAACAACGGCACUGGCAUCACCCGACCGGGCCAAGAUGACCGUGGAACCCAAUGCCGAACGAGUGCAGCAAAUCAAGACUCAGAUUGCCCUCCUCGAAAGAGAACUGGCUCGAGAGACGCAGAUUCCGGAAGAGGAAGACAUUUGCAUGGGCCCGCUUUUAGAGCUUUGGAACCCCAACAGAGGACUGAUUUGGUCCGUCUUCAUCACAAUUUGGGCCAUCCAGACGGUAGAAGAGCAAAUUCGAGUUUUCGAAGAUGUUUGGCUGCACUGGGCAGGUCCAUGCAAGACUUUGUACCUAGACCCUGCCGGCGAAUACAUCAGCCCAAAAUGGAAUGACCGUUUACAGCAAGAAAAUAUCCAGGUCACCAUGGCUGCUGGAGAAAGCCACUGGCAGAUCGGCAGGGCUGAAAUCCAUGGUAGGAUCGUGAAGGACAUGUUGACAAGGAUGGAUCGAGAAAAGCCUAUUAGAGAUGGUGAGGAGUUUAGGCAUUGUUUGAGGCAAGUGUUUGCUGCCAAAAACUCCCUGUCCAGAGCCAAAGGCUUUACUCCAGAGCAGGCAUUGCUGGGCAAAGCCCGAGCUCUACCGGCUUCUUUGACCGCAGACCAGCAGGCUGGGGCACACGAGCUUGCAGAGAGCUCCACACCAGAGGGAGUGCGCUUUAGGGCAAGUCUCGAGCGUAGGGAACAGGCAAGGCUUCUCCCCCUGAAAGUAACUUGGGUGGUACCCCCGAAGAAGAAGACCCCGGAAAUGGAGGAACAGUAG